AUGAGCGAGAGAAUGGCCAGCAUACAUCCGACAUCUGGGAUCGUGAGCCCGUGCUAUAAGUGGCGGGAACUUUAUGGCAUCAAAUUCGGGGGGAACAGAGACUGGAAGCGAGGUGCGGACUUAGCGGAGUUCGCCGCUAACCGCCCUCUGCAUGAAGCCGCACCCUUUAUACGCCUUGUCCGUGUCCUCCUCCGCGCCUGUCCAUCACGCCCCAUCGGCCAAGCAUCCUCGGUAGUCGUGGUGGUCACCGUCCUUGCGAGGUUUGGAGGGGAUGACGACAAGAAGGAAAAACCCAGCAAUAGAUCUACAUUCCGAGUCGGUGAGAUUUACCUCUUCUACGAUGAAGAGCAACUCAACUUGAAUCCGUCACAGGCGCAGGUAGUCUGA